GUCGGGGCCGCGCUCCUGGGGCGGCGCGCGGGACCGUGGCGCUUCCGGCAGCGGGAGGCGGCGCCGAGUGGGACCGAGCGGUGCGGGUAGCUGCCGGGGAGGCGGAUCUGGGACGAUGUCUGGGGAAGUGCCUCCCAACAUCAAUAUCAAGGAGCCUCGAUGGGACCAAAGCACGUUCAUCGGCCGAGCCAAUCACUUCUUCACGGUCACGGACCCGAGGAACAUCCUUCUAACUAACGACCAGCUGGAGAACGCAAGGAAAGUGGUGCACGAUUACAGACAAGGAAUCGUUCCCGCCGGCCUCACGGAGAAUGAGUUGUGGAGGGCGAAGUACGUGUAUGAUUCAGCUUUCCAUCCUGACACGGGCGAGAAGAUGAUCCUGAUAGGAAGGAUGUCGGCCCAGGUCCCAAUGAACAUGACCAUCACCGGCUGCAUGAUGACGUUCUACAGGACCACACCGGCUGUGCUUUUCUGGCAGUGGAUAAACCAGUCCUUCAAUGCCGUUGUCAACUACACCAACAGAAGCGGAGAUGCUCCCCUCACUGUAAAUGAGCUGGGGACAGCUUAUGUUUCUGCAACAACCGGUGCUGUAGCGACGGCCCUGGGACUCAAUGCCUUAACCAAGCGCGUCUCACCACUGAUAGGACGUUUUGUCCCCUUUGCUGCUGUCGCUGCUGCUAACUGCAUUAAUAUCCCGCUAAUGAGGCAAAGGGAACUCAAAGUCGGUAUUCCUGUCACGGAUGAAAACGGCACCCGCUUGGGAGAAUCGACCAAUGCUGCAAAACAAGCCAUCACGCAGGUGGUCAUCUCCAGGAUCCUCAUGGCGGCCCCUGGCAUGGCCAUCCCCCCGUUUAUCAUGAACACGUUGGAAAAGAAAGCCUUCCUAAAGAGGUUUCCAUGGAUGAGUGCACCAAUUCAAGUCACGUUGGUUGGCUUUUGUUUGGUGUUUGCUACCCCCCUUUGCUGUGCUCUGUUUCCUCAGAAGAGUUCCAUGUCUGUGACAAGCUUGGAGGAUGAGUUGCAAGCCAGCAUCCAGAGGAGUCAUCCUGAAUUACAGCGCGUGUACUUUAACAAGGGCCUGUGA